AUGCUCGUACAGGAUUCUGGCAGACAUCGCAUCCUAUCCAAUGGAAAUUUAAGGAUAAGCAACUUAACUGAAUCUGAUUCUGGCGAGUACACUUGCGAGGUGUCAAAUCGUCUUGCAAAGGCAUCCAGGAAAGGCUUUCUCAGGGUAGUAGGUAUGUGUCUUUGUAGGAGUUGUUGCAAGCAUCAGUCGCUCCGUGUAAGGGAAUCCGGAUUCCAGUAAAUUUUGGCUCCUGGAAACGGGAAUGAAGGAAAUUUUGUCUUGUGGAAUUCGAAAUCCUGGGUUUUGGAAUCCGUAAUGCAGCUUAGGGAAUUCGGAAUGAAGCUUAAAAGGAAUCCUGAAUCCCACUAAUGACUGAAGUCCGGAAUCCAAUUUCCACUGACAGAGAAUCCGAAAUACUGCACCUGGAAUCAGGAUUCCACGUUUGGAUUGCCUUACAUGGGGCGACUUAAGGUCUGUCUUAAGUUCAAAUUUGCAACCGUUGGUGUAAAAGAAAGCUAAGUGAGAACUUCACCAUUUGCCAAAGGGACUGCAGAUCGUUCGUUUUGCUUCGCCAACUAAUUACCAUCUUGCAGUGCGGAACCGUGGCUUGUUUGGUUUUGUUUCUCUAUUUGGACGACACAAUAACUCAAAGCAUCAAAAACUAUCCCUGGGAUAACUCUUGCAUGACGCAGUAUGGUUUAAAUAGAUAAUACUAUGUUUUAUUUUCUUUCUUUCUUUUUCAGAACUAACUUUACUGUCUUUACUCUCCAUAGGGCAUAAAAUAAUAUGGGAAAUUUUUGCUCUUUCAUUUUUUCAGUUCAGUCCCUAAGUUCAGUCUUCGUUCAGUAUCAGCAAUCUUCAAGGUACAUAUUAGUCUUUUUUUCUUAAAAAAAAGUAUAUAUAUAUAUAUUUUUUUUACUUACAGAGUACAUGAUCACAAGUAAUAUGCCCGACAGUGCGAGAUUAUCAGUUGUCCUGGGGCAGGAAGUAACAUUCUGGUGUGGUGUGACCACUAAACGACGAAUUGAGGUCACGUUUCAGUGGUUUAAGUACUUACGAGAUCGCAUUGUGACUAAUCCUCAUUUGAGAACCUGGAAAAGGGAUAUAUAUAACAACUUGUCAAAUACCAGUGUCCAGAAAGGGUAUCUUAAGAUCCAUGGCGCCAGAUACUCCGACUCAGGACCAUAUACCUGCGAAGCAAAAGGGAAUGGCGAGUCCAUAAUGAGAAAAAGCGUUGUCUUGACGAUUCAAGGUAUAGUAGACGUUUAGGAAGGGCUAAGAAGUUGGCACAAGUUGGUUUAACUAUAUCACUAUGGUUAUGCAGAAAUCACAAGCGAAAUUAAGCAUGCAUUGAUUUAAUCAUGGAGAAUGGAAUGUGCUUAAAGAGGAAAAUAGGUGUAGCAAAUUGUCCAUCGAGUUAAUGGGGAGAAAACUCAAGUUUCUCGAAAAGUUUUGUAGAAAUCGAUUGUACUGUAAAAAUGUUCUGCCAAAGCCGACAGCUCAGCUUUUUUGAUUCAAUUCAAUGCAACUUUUUUUCCGUAUUUCCUCAAAUGAUAACCGUCCCUCUAAUAAUUGCCUCCCGUUGACAGAAAUGUUGAAAAUAAUCGAGUUCCUCUAAUAAUCUCUCCCCCACGUUUUACCCAUAACGGUAAAUCGUAGAGCAAGAAGCUGAUGUGGAGUCUGAGAUCCAGUAACUAAUCAGCGACGAUUCAAGCUCUGGUGUCGAGAAUAUUGACAUUGAAAACUAAUCAAUAAACCAAAUUUGGAACACUUGAAAAGCAUAUGUUCAAUCUAUUUGGUGCGAUUAUUUUUAAUUAUUAAUAAUAAGAUAACAAAACAAAUUAUUUAGGGCACGACUACCAGUGAACAAUAUUUGAGAUAAUCGCCUUCCCUCGAAUAAUCGCCCCUGUUGGUGCGAAAUAACGCAGAAAUAGUCUCGGCUAUUAUUUGAGGAAAUACGGUAAGACGUGAUCUAAUACUGAUGUAAUCAUUAACAGGACCUCCAGAUCCUCCAAUAAGAAUGUUCAUUGUCCAGGAACCAGAAGCAGGCGAAUCCGUGAAUAUUUCAUGGGAACUUGGAAAAUCAAAUGGUAGUCCAAUAAGGAAAAUGGUCAUCCAAUACUCAACGCAAUUUUCAUCAGACACGUGGCAGACACUUACUGAAGUGGAUGACCCAGCGGUGAAAGGCCGGAAACAGAUUCAACUGUCACCAUGGUUACGGUAUACCUUUCGUGCUGUUGCUGUCAAUGACAUUGGAAAUAGCACACCAAGUGCCCAGUCUUCUAGCAUCCAAACACCUGCUGCAGGUACUUGUCUUACACCCUUACGCCAAAAGUCUGAUUAAAAGCCAGGUAACUCUGGUAAACCAUACAAGGCUUUGAAAAAAUUAUAAGUAAAAUUGAAAUCCUGGUUAAGCCUGGUUUUACCAGGCUUUCGAAGUACAUGUAAGCCUGGGUGAAAUUUACCAUGAAAGUCUGGUAACUCAGGUUUCGACUGAAAAAUCUUAAGCGGAAAUGGUUGGUUAGUCUGGUAUUACCAGGCCUUCCUGGAAGGCCUGGUUAAAAGUUUCCACCACAAAAGCUUGGUGAGCCUGAUUUUAUUUUCCUUAACUGCAGUAUUUCAUUGAAAUCGCUCGGGUUCAACGUCACUUCUCCCUGGAUUCGGUUUGCUAAUGUCAUGUUUUAAGUCUCACUGCAUUAAAUUUGUGGGCUUUUCCAGGAGCCUAUCAGUAAUAGUCUUCUGGCAGGUCAGGUUUUGUCUUAAGUUAUUGAUAUAAUCAAACCUUAGUUAACAUUCUGUAAACCCUGACCACUUUCCUUAGGGACCACUUUUUCAGGGUCUGAAGUUGAGUCUUACAGAGUGAUAACCAGUGGGUCCAUUUGUUCGAAGGCCGAUUAGCGUUAAACCCGGUGUUGAAUUUAAUCCUGGUUUUCUUUUCUUGUGUUCAAAAGCAUUUUCUCGGAUAAUUUUCUCUGUUAUUUUAAGAGCUUCCAAUCAUCAACUUGUAGACAAAAAGAAUUAAAACUGAAAUGCUUUUUAAGGGUUCAAAUCUGAAGUCAAAUCUCGCACUAACCUCGGGUUAUCUUAACCCAGCUUCGAACAACUCGACCCUGGACUCUUUCUCGGCAUUGAAAUGAACAUUCAGACUUAAUUGGAUAUUUCCUCAACUCAAUACUUUUUAACUUUUUUUCAUAAUUCUUAGUAUCAGGUAAGCAUUUGAUAAUGUCUUCCCACACUUUAAGAAACGGAAGAGUGAAACAUGAAUGUUAAUAUAAAGAUAAAGUAGGAACUUUAUGAAGGGUUCCAUAAAGCGCUGUGGCUCGAACCUCAUCUUAGAGUAGGGAUUGCCUCCAGUCUGUCAACGUUUUAGAUUUCACGAGGAAUGUUGUGCUUUAUUUGUAAGCGACAAUAUAGCACAACAAAUAUAAGGUUUAUCAAGCCAAAGCAUUGAAAUAACUAUGAAGUAUCUUUAUUUACAGCUCCAAGCAGUUUUCCUCUUGAGGUGAGAGGCGAAGAUAAGUCGUCCUCAUCACUUUCUAUCAAAUGGAAACCCCUUCCACUUCUCAAGCAGAAUGGCCCAGGACUUUACUAUGUGGUGUACUACCGAAGGGAAGAUGGCAAAGGAAGGCCUUUCAGGAAAGAAAUCAGAAAUUCUUCGUCAUAUGUUGUGACUGGCCUUAAUUUCUACACGAAGUAUGAGAUUCGACUACAAGCUGCCAAUGUUAAAGGGUUUGGACCCAAAAGUCCGCCAGUGUUUGGCUAUUCAGGAGAGAAAGGUAGAGAAUUCAAAGUUUAGGCGUGCCGAAGGCAUUCUCCUUAGAAACUACAAGAAUCCAUUGUCAAUGAUUCCUUCUUCUUACCUUUUGACACAAAAGUUGUGAUUUUAUCUAGUUCUUCAAGGAUAAAUGUUUCAGUUAAAUUUUAGCUUUCUUGUAAAUAUUCAGAACGUUUUGAUUCCUAUGUCCUUACCCAUACUAAACUGAAUGCUGUCAACUUUUGCAUUGCCAAAAAGCGAGCUGCUGAGUAGUUUUCAUAGAUUGGGGAGGCGACAUGUAAAGCCAAUAUAAAACAAUGGAAAUCUAACAAGAGAACAACAUCCAGGAGAGAGUAAAAAGAAUACGUUAUUCAGCAGAAGUGGCUGCCUACCACACCCCGCCAGUACGAGCAGCUGAUUGAUUUCAGGAGUGUCUCUAAGAGUGAUAUAUUCUAUAUAUCGACAAUUUUGGGAGAGAAAUUGAAAAAUUCCUAUUUUGAAAACAAUAAAACGGGCCCUUAGCCAUUGCUUUCAUCCUGGACCUAAUAUUGUUUAAGUAAUAAACGGUUUACUUUUAUCUUGACAGUGCCAGUAGGCGCUCCAAGAGACUUACACGUGCGCAUUACAACUCCAUCCUCAGCGCAUGCAACUUGGACUGGCGUCCCAAACAUAAGGGAGGCAAUCCGUGGCAAGCUACUGGGAUACAAGGUACUCGCGCAAUUGUGUGGAAAUUGUAGAUCAACAUGUGCUCUCGCAAUGUGUUUAAAAGUUGAGAACUUAGGUCGCGUGGCUCAGAGAUCAGUCAGAAUUGCAAUACCGAGGUCCCUGGUUCUAGGCCCACGGACCAGGAUACAAACCACUGUAAAUGGUUCACAAUAUAUAGCACCGCCGAGUCUAAUACCUCACUUCUGUACAUAUGGCCAUGGUUUUUCUGCUACCAUUUUUUAUUUCAUGUGCUAUAUUUUGUAUAUAUUGUAGUUUGAUUUUUAUUAGCUUAUGUGAGGACCUAAUGCACAACUUUCAUUAACUUCUACUGUACGUGUUGAUUUUGUUACUGAAAGAUUGUUGGCAGAUGAAUUAUUUUAAAAUUAAUGACAAACAAAACAAAAAAAACUUGUACUCAGUCUCCUUUCUUUCAUUGAGAGAGACUUUCUCCUGUGCCUUGUACGUAGGUUUAUUUCUGGAAAACUCCAAGCGGUCAAACGCCUGAGAAGAACGCCAGAUUCCAAAGUACCAUCGACACGUCCACCACCUUGCAUCUAGAAGCCUUUACCUCCUACAGAUUUCAGGUCGUAGCGUACAACAGUGUUGGUGACGGACCAGCGAGUAAUGUUGUGGGGCCCCUGACUACACCUGAAUCCGGUAAAGACUUUGGAUCAAUUUAGGUUCCUGGAAAACUGCCCACCGACCCCUUCCCUAAGCCAACAUUUUUCCCUAAGUGAGAAUUAAGUGUUAAUGUUAACUUAGGGGAGGGGUAGGUGGGCAGUUUCCCAGAUCCACGACUUUUUAAUGAUUUAAUAUGAGGGCCAAGAAAAUGAUUACAUUAUUAAUUGUUUUUAUUUUUUUUUUCCCGCGGGACCAAGGGAGACAAGUUAAGUGAUGGUCAGUUACUACGGUUACGAGAUAUGAUGUCAUAAGUAGUAGGUGGUCAAAUCAGUUUUGAGUGAAGAAGCAUGUUUUGUCAACUUCUUUUAGCAAUAAAAGUAAAUAUUGUGGAUAAAAUGAUGCAAAGUAAUUACUUAUGUAUUGUUGUUACCACAAAAAAUAUUAAUUUUCACUGUUUUUACCUGAUUUCUAAUUCCUGAUAAAAUCCAAAAUGGCGACCAUGUUGGUGACGUCACAGGCCUCCAGCAAGGUCCCUCCCCCUAAAAUAUACCACGUUUUGUAGAGAAGAUCAAAGGCUUUUCACUGAAGGCAAAAUCGUUUCGAAAUACAGCAACGUAUCAAAAACUCAGGGGAGAGGUUGAAUCGAUCCCCCUUGAACCACACCGUGGGGGUACAGCCUUUGCGCGUACGUUCGAGGGUAACUUACGCAAGGGCUUCUGGGAUCGUUAUUGGGUGCGCGCCGAUGAGCUAUCGGUCCACUGAUCAAGUUCCAUAAGUCUUUGCGAAAGUUAACUCGGCCCAGCGUCCUUAUCAUUGCGGGCAACAAGAGGAGCCCACAAUCCUAGUCUCCACGUUGUUAUUACGCAUGUGUCGCAUGUAUGUGGCCAGCAUGCGUUUGGACUUCCACUAAGAAUGAAUGAAAUGCACAAAACGCAGUUUGAUCACGUGCUUUUCGAACUUCUACCCCGAGUCAUCUUAUCACGCGUGUUUUGACCGUCUGUCAGUGAAACUUAAGCAAAAGCCCCGUUUGACUGCGUUUGACUGCGUUUGGACCUCUGAUCGUUGUCGCCCGCACUCCGUAACCUUUGGUCAUUACAAGUUUAUAAAAGUGUUAAUUGCGACUAAUAUUUACUUUUUUCUCCAGUACCAGAUUCUCCUCGCAGUGUUUCAAUCAACGUUCAGAACGAUUCUCACAUACUUCUGCAAUGGCAGCCGCCAGAACAUGUCAAUGGAGCCAUCAAUGGUUAUCAAGUUACUGCUCAGAAACAGCCAGAGAUAAUGACAGCGAUAAUUUGGAGAACUAAUGAUAGUUCAACUGAAAUACUACUGGAUCAAAUAGAUUUCCAAGCGGUUUACAGAAUAUCAGUACUGGCUAUUAACAGAAUGGGGAAAGGUCCACCCGUGACUGUUACAUUUGAUUUAUCUGCAGGUUGGUUUCUAUUAUGGUGAGAUAUCAUCUUACGAACAAUAUUAGGUAUUCAAAGGGCUAAGGCUUUGGCAUUUCUUGUAUUGAAAGACUGACAGUGGUAUAAUAGUACUUGGGAGAUAAAUUUGUGCCCCAAAUAAUUCACACUACUAGCUCGUAAAAGAAUUUGAUGUUUUGAGUUGGCUGUUUUGUACCGAAAGAUCUGCGGUUAUUAGGGGACAAGCAGGGUUCGUACAGUGUAUUGAAUUCUUGAAAAAGUUUUGAAAUUUGCCCAGCAAUUUUCCAGACCUUGAAAAAGUCUGGAAAAUGGAGAUAAAGUCUGGAGAAAAUAGAAAUAGAAAUAGGUCUCUAUUGAUCACCUAUUAGUUUGAUAACCUUGAGUCUGGAAAAGGAAACUGUUGUUUGGAAAAACGUCUGAAAAAAAAAAAACGAAUAUGGUCAACUUUCAAAUCCGUAUUCCAAAGCCCAGGAUUCCGGAUUCGACAAGCAAAAAUGUACUUGGGUUGAAAAGACUGCUUGAUAGGACCAUCCCACCUUAGAAAAAGUGAUUUUUUUCUCACGUGACACUGAAUAUAUUUUAGGGUCCUCUUUAAAAAGAAAUAUUGGGGCCAUGUUUUUUGACUGCCCUUCCCCAUUUUUCGAUCACUAUGUAGGCUUUUCGGCCUGAGCGACCACUCCCGACAAUAAUGCAAAACAUAGAGGACUGAACAGUCUAUUCUCUGAUCGUUUCGUUCACACUUGCUAAGUCGUCUGUUCCUUCUGUUGUAGCACCUGCAGUGGCUCCCACUAAUGUUAAGGCAGGGUUUGAUGUAAAUAGCAAGGAAGCUAGACUAUCAUGGAAAAGUUCACUGACUGACAUAGAAGGUUUUAGGGUAAGUAGAAACAAUAAAUAUCAAAAAGGUUAUAUAUAACCUUUGUGCAUUUUAAAUUGCUGUCUGUAUCUAAGGAUAUGGCGCAGAAUGUGAGUGGACACUUUGAAUCAUGAGUAAGGCGGUCAGUUUCCUACAUAGGAAAAACCGCGCAGACUUUCAAAAAUACUAGAUCGAAGAGUGUGAUUCAGUUCACGCUUCACUCGUAAUACUUUCAGACCUAUGUUUCUAGCUCGACUUUAUAAGUAAAAUAUCCCAAGAAUAAUGGCUAUAAAAUUCUGCACGUUGAUUUCUUAAAACCCAAUGUGGUUGUGUGGUUGUUGUUACUCGUUUACUGUAACUUCAUCCCUACGUUACAAGCCCUGUGGUUUCUAUUUAAGGCUUCCUCGCCACUUUCGUUCUAUAGUGGACCUAGAAACAAUAGUUGGCCAAUAGUUGAAAGGCCUUUCCCCAGUUACAAUCCAAGAAACAAAGGCGGGACACAUUAUGGUUCGCAGUGGCGGAACCAGACCUUUAGAUAAGGGAGGGGCCCGGUCAUCCAGACCCUGAGAUAAGUGGGGGCCUGGUCUCAAAACAAUUUUUCACGGCCCUUGGGGCCUCAGUUUGGUCUAACAAUAAGAAGGGGGCAGACAACUGCGGAAUCUUGAAAUUUCAAGAUUUGGCAUGCAGAAACUUAAAAUUUCAAGAUUUGACAUGCAGAAUCUUGAAAUUUCAAGAUUUGACUUGCAGAAUCUUGAAAUUUCAAUAUCUGGCAUGCAGAAUCUUGAAAUUUCAAAAUUUGACAUGUAAAACUAUCGAAAUUUCAAUAUUUGGCGUCCAGAAUAUUGAAAUUUCAAGAAAUAAAUAAAUAGAAGCCAUGCAACCGUUCGUCACAUUAGAAUCGAGAAGGAAAAUAGGACGAGUUACCUUUUGCAAAAACUUUUGGGACCGUUACUAGAAAAAAUAGUUGGCCAAUAGUUGACCGGCCUUUCCCCAGUUACAAUCCCAGAAACAACCGCGGGAACACAUUUUCGUUCCCAGUGGCGGAUCCAAACCUUCCGAUAAGGGAGGGGCCCGGUCAUCCAGACCCUGAGAUAGAUUCAGGCCUCAGUUUGGUCUAACAAUAAGGGGGAGGGGGGAACCCAGGCCCCACGGAUCCCUCUCUUGGAUCCGCCACUGGUUCCAGUUCCCUUCUCGUUUCUAAAGUGGUAAAUAGACUGAAUCAGUAGCUCUCCAGACAUGGUGUGUGAUUGGAGAACGAAACAAUAGAUGAUUCAACACAAACAAUACCCCUAGCCCUAAAAACAGAAGAAGCUUCUGCUUAUUUAGAUCCAUGAAAAUAUAGAUCUAGAAGAGCUACUGUACUACUAAGACCGUAAAUCACUUGCAUUGCUUACCACCCAAUUCAUGAUCAGCCGUAAGGCUGGUAUCAUGGGGUCUGCUGUAAGUGUGACUUGAUAUAGUUUCCUGUUUAUGUAGCUUAAAACAAUAACAGAAAGGCAAGUGGAAGUUUUCAUUCUUAGUUGUUUUCUUAUAGAUAUUUUACUGGGGAGAAAGUAAUAACUUACGAACAGUGGACGUCGAUAGAGCACGAAGGAGAAAAGAAAUAAUGUCUGGUCUCGAAAAUGAGCACAAAUUGUAUUUCCAGAUUGCGGCUUUCAAGAUAAUACAUGGAGGUCAUUACAUUGUUGGACCAAGGUCAAAAAAAGUUACUGCGGGAAACGGUAUGAUAAUUCUUAAGCAAGAGAGAAUGUAGCUCAUUCUCUCUUGUCUUAACUUAUGCUACUGCAAAGUGCGUUUAAGAAUAGGACUUUCAAAAGAAAAUCGCGAAAGGAAGAAACUUUUGUUUUAUAUCACUUACAGCUUAGAAAGAGUGGUGACGGUGGUGCUCAUCACUGGCUUUUUCAGUCGAUCGGUGCUGCCCAGGGAGCUUUAUAAGCGCCAUUAGAGCUGUUUUAGGUGUCUUAUAUAGGUGGUACCUUAAGACGCUAGUCUCCUACAAAGCCGCAUUUAGAAUCGUCACGCAAGGCUCCCUCCCACAAACAGGAGGGUGGGUUUGUGGGGGAGAAGCGUUGUGUGACGACAGUAAAAAAGCCAUAUAGCAGACUAUUUAGUGUCACUACCCAGAUUUGAAAAGUUCCUCUGAUUGGUUGAAGCAAAUUUUCACCACAGAAAGACAAAUCAUAAAAGUACUAACAAGAGUAGAUAAAUGUAAGGAAUUUCUGCAGUCGCAUCUGAUCUUUCGUAUUUUUUAACUUCUUUCAGUUCCUGUAUCAGAUACACUAUCCAGUGGCUGUAUGAAUGAUAAAGCAAAGACUUUCAUUCUUAGCUCUUUGAUACUCCUCCUUGCAAGCCUUCAGUGGUUGCUAGUUAGAUAACACUGGUUUAAUCAUCACCAGUAAAAAUUACCUCGGGGAUUGGAAUUACGUCAACAGCCAAGAAAGCAGCGCCUAAUUAAAAGUUGCCCGCCAUCUCUGACCUUAAAGAGCGAG